UUUUUAUAUAUGUAGUUAUGGGAAAUGCUGGAGCUUCAAUGCACUGGAAAUGCUGAAGCUUCAACUCGCUCUAAAUGCUGGAGCUCCAGCUCGCUGGAGCUUCAACUCGCUGGAAAUGCUGCAGCUUCAACCCACUGGAAAUGUUGGAGGUUCAACUCACUGCGACUGGAAGAAGAGGAACUGUAUAGUCCGAAGCUCGGGAAGAAAUUUAGCAAUGGUUGAACAAUCUGAGAUGCAGCGCCUGAAACUCGGAACCCAAGGACUCGAGAUAUCAAAGCUAGGUUAUGGUUGUAUGGGGCUCUCGGGUGUCUACAAUAAUCCUGUUCCUGAGGAAGAAGGAAUUGCAGUAAUCAAAGAGGCAUUUGAUAAAGGCAUUACAUUUUUUGACACAUCGGAUGUGUACGGCGCGAAAAAUGCCAACGAGUACUUGGUGGGAAAGGCAUUAAAGCAGUUGCCUCGAGAAAAGAUUCAAUUAUCUACAAAGUUUGGCGUAGUAGGAUAUGAUGCUUCUAAAAUCAUAGUGAAAGGUUCACCUGAAUAUGCCCGUUCUUGCUGUGAGGCUAGCUUGAAGCGUCUUGAUGUUGACUAUAUCGAUCUUUACUACAUACACCGAAUUGAUACUACUAUCCCUAUUGAAUACACAGUGAGUUUCCUUAAUGUGUAUUUAUUUAUUUAUUUGUACUCGUAUAUCCANGCUUCUAUAUCUUUUAAUUUUUAG